AUGGAAGACAAAUCUCGUGUCCCAGACCCAGUUUAUGUUCUACGUGGCUCUACAAGCCCUGUGUCCAGUCUGACCUUUGACCCCCAUGAUCAGCUGUGGUCAGGAGGACUUGAUGGAUGUGUGUGUUCGUGGAACAUGGUGAGCAGGCGGUCAGACAUUCAUUUGGAUGCUCACCAUGGUCAAUCUGUGUCUUGGAUUGAGUUUCUGGACAAUGGGGAAAUGGUCACUCAAGGGCGAGAUGGCUUUGUCCACUUUUGGUCACUACAGGAGUCAAAACUGACCAACACAGGUAGCAUCACAUCCAACCAACAAGGAUUCUGUGCUGGCUGUGUCCUGUCCACAGACAGGGGUCCAACAGUUCUUGCCAUUCCAGGGAGAGAGACGUCCGAGGUGGACAUCGUGGAUAUCAGCACUCGUAAAAGUAUAGGUCGUUGUGUCCCCAAGUCUGCGAUAAAAUUGGGCAUGUGUAUGGCUCUAGCAAAAACUGGAAAUGACUCUCAGUUUGUCACCGGUUAUGAGGAUGGAUCUGUGGCAUUGUGGGAUAUCCGAACAUUUAGUAUGGUUGACAAAGUUUCAAUGUAUAACGAUAGUGUUAUAUGUAUGGAUUACAAUCCAAAGAUAAAAAAAGGUGCUGUUGGGUCUGUGGACAAUAGGCUCGUAACAUUCAGUCUAACUCCUGACAGCAAGAUACAAUCUGGACGUGAACUGAUGGUUACAAAUCCUGGAUUUAAUCGCAUCUUGUUUCGAAAGGAUGGUAAACUUUUUGCUACUGGUGGUUGGGAUGGAAAUGUUCGAUUAUUUAGUGGUAAAUCUGUGAAACCACUAGCAGUUUUAACAUACCACAAGGAGAGUGUCCAGACCUUAGCCUUCUCCACAGACAAAAUAUUGGCCAGUGGGUCAAAAGACCAUCAUAUCAGUCUGUGGGAUGUGUAUAGGUGA